CCGUUGCCUCUGGCCCGCCGUCCCCCGCGCCUUCCGGCACCCCAUUUCCCCUUCCGGCCGGCGGUGCGGCGGAAGCCGUCGACAUAUCCCAUGGCGGCCGCCCGCGGCGGGCCGGUGGAGCUGGGUUUCGCGGAGGCGGCGCCCGCGUGGCGGCUGCGCAGCGAGCAGUUCCCCAGCAAGGUGGGCGGGCGACCGGCGUGGCUGGGCGCAACCGGGUUGCCGGGGCCCAAGGAGUUGGCCUGCGCGCUGUGCGGCCGCCCGCUGGCCUUCCUGCUGCAGCUGUACGCGCCGGUGCCCAGCCGCGCCGACGCCUUCCACCGCGGCCUCUUCGUCUUCUGCUGUCGGGCGCCGCCGUGCUGCGCCGGUCUGCGCGUUUUUAGAAAUCAGCUACCCAGGAAAAAUGACUUUUACUCCUAUGAGCCACCUUCUGAGGAUUCUCCCCCAGCGACAGAAUCUGUGUGCCUACAGCUCAAGUCUGGCGCUCACCUUUGCAGAGUUUGUGGCUGUUUAGGUCCCAAAACAUGUUCCAGGUGUCACAAGGCACAUUACUGCAGUAGGGAGCAUCAGAUUCUAGACUGGAGAUUGGGACAUAAGCAGGCUUGUACAGAAUCUGACAAUCUGGACAGCACAGUUCCAGACCACAACUUCCUUUUUCCAGAAUUUGAGAUCGUAAUAGAAACAGAAGAUGAAGUUAAACCCGAAGCUGUGGAAGAAGACGACUCAGAGAUUUCAGGGAGCAUGGAUGAAGCACCUGAAGAGGAAUUGGAUUCCACUGCAAAACAUGAAUCCAGGGAAGAUAAAAUUUUCCAGAAAUUUAAAAAUAAAGUAGCCCUUGAGCCAGAACAGAUUCUCAGAUAUGGCAGAGGGAUUGCACCCAUCUGGAUCUCUGGUGAAAAUGUCCCUCAAGAAAAGGAUAUUCCAGAUUGCCCCUGUGGUGCCAAAAGAAUAUUUGAAUUCCAGGUGAUGCCUCAGCUGCUCGGCUAUCUGAAGGCUGAUACACUGGGGAGGAGUGUCGACUGGGGUGUCCUGGCCAUCUUCACCUGUGCUGAAAGCUGUGGGCUGGGCACAGGCUACACGGAGGAGUUUGUUUGGAAGCAGGAUGUAGCAGACACACCCUGACAAUGCCAUGGGAAAGCCUUACAAAUGCUCAUGAUCCCUUGGACCUUGCGAUCCCAUUUGUAGGACUUUGUCCUAAGGAAAUAAUUAUACCAGACACAGGUACAGAGAUGUAGUUUUAGGCUUUGUUUACAAUGUCUAAAUAUUAGUGAAACCAAAAUGUCCAGUGAUAUAAAAUGACAUAAAGUUUGGUGUCAUCUGUACAGUGGAAGGCUAUGCAGUCUUGGGACACCAGGUAACACAGAGAUCUAAACUGACACCAAGGCAUUCAUAGUAUUUUUGUAAAAAUACACAUAUAUGUACACAGAAUUUUAUCUGGGAAGAUACACAUUAGGUGUGAACUGGUUAACUGGGAAUAAGUAAAAUUUUCUUUUUACUUAAAUGUAUAUUUCUAUAGUAAAAAUGGAUUGUGUGCCUAAUUAAGUCAAACCAUUACUUCGAGCAUUUUCCCCCCUAAAAUUUGCAAAAAUAAAGAGGAGAAGUAUUUGGGUAAAACCCCAA